AUGACCUCGAGCCCCACUGACACACAACAGUCCGAAACUCCACAAUUGGCUCAAACAUUAGUUGAUUUAAAUCAAACUAUGAGCCACAUGGCAAUGAUGCUGGGCGACUUAUGGCAAAAAUCUCAGGACACAAAUGUAGUGUCACUUCAACAACCAGAAGUUGAAGAAUCCCAGCACAGACGACGAGGCAAAAAGCGGCGCUCAAAAACGUCGUCCUCAUCUUCAGAAGCUAGCUCGGGUUCUGGAAAUGAGAGUCGGGGUCGUAAACGCCGAAAGCGAAGGUCCCAUAGCAAAACUCGGCUUGAAAAUAGGGGCGAAACGACCGAUCAUGAGCAGGAUAAAGUGAGCGUACAUGUGCAAGACGAUGAUGAUAAUGUAUCGGUUUUACUUCAAGAUGGCGCCACAAAUGACAAUACAAAUUCAACCGAUGAAACCCUUACCAAUUUAGGGGAAAUGCUUGAAGAUGUUGAAGCCACCGGCGAUGAUAUUACCCCUAAACUGGCUACUAUAGCGGAAAACCGAUGGAAUAAAAAACUAGCGCCUGAAAAGCUGACAUUAAUUCAAGAAAAAUACAAGCGACCCGCCAAUUGCACAACAGUAUGCUCACUAACAGUAAACCCAGAAAUCUGGGCAAAACUGCCGCACUAUCAACAACGGGCGGAUUUAAACGUCUCGAAAAUACAAGAAUCGGUUCGGAAAGCUGCCCUUAUAUCUCUGCAAACAGCUCAUUCUUUGACUAAUACAAAGUCUAAAGAGCUAGAUGUAAAAAAAAAGAAAAAAAAAAAAAAGCUCUUAACACAGCAG